UUGAUUUUUGUAAAAUCAACUUUACUAACGAUGGUGUAUCUGGUGCAGAGCAAGGAUGACUUCGAUCAGCAGGUCACCGACGCAGGGGACAAGCUGAUCGUGAUCGAUUUCUAUGCCAACUGGUGUGGACCGUGCAAGAUAAUCAGCCCCAAGCUGGAGGAGCUGGCCCAGCAGUAUGCCGACCGUGCCGUCGUCCUCAAGGUGAAUGUGGACGAGAACGAGGAGAUAACCAUCCGGUACAACGUGACCAGCCUGCCAACGUUCGUGUUCAUCAAGACCGGAACCGUGGUCGAUUUCUUCGUUGGCUGUAACUCCGAAAAGCUGGCCAAGACCAUGGAGAAGUAUGUGGGCAGCGAGUGCGAUUGCGGCCAGGGCACCGACGACGACGAGCCAGACAGCCAGACGCCGCUCGAAGGGGCAAACAGUGACAAUAAUGUGUGCGCCAUCAAUUCGGAUUUCAUCGAAUCGGAGCAGCCAGACGCCCCCGACGACGUCAUUGACACCAUGGAGCAAGAAGGCGUCAUGGAAAACUAAGGAGCAAAAAACACAAACAACACAGCACAGCACUAAACGGCAUUUUGAAUGCCAUCGACCAGUAGAGGCGUCCUGGAAAUAUGACAUAAAAAGCAGCACUGCUACAGAGAGUUCUCCAAACAGAAAGCAAUGCAUAAUUGUGUGACAUUAAACAACCAGAUACAUUGCAGGCAAACGAAACUAAACACGAAAUGAAAAUAUGUGCAACAACACAGGCAACUAACCAAAUAACAAUGCAUAAAGGCAACACUAAACAAUAUUAUUGAUGCUAUCGACCAGUAAGGCAUCCUGGAUUUCGAUAGCACAAAAACAUGACUUAAAUCUUCUAACCAGAACCAGAAUCCAAUGGAAAUAUGUGCAACAACAGCAUCCCUAACACAAACAACAAUUACACAUGUUAAAUAUUGUUUUCAAAACUAUACACUAAAUGGAAAUGUGUGCAACAACAACACACAAUUGUUCAAUUAAAUAUGUUAACUCUCAACCAGAA